UUCUAGUGCCAUUUUUUCGGUCUAGCGUGAAUUUUAGAAUUAUUGGUGCCAACAACCGCCCAAAGAAUAUCCAAGAAAUUCUACAGUGUACACGAAAGGAUACAGUGCAUGAAUGUUGAAUUACACCGCGCGUGAAAGCUGCUCUAAAAAUUAUGAGACAUGCAUGAAUAAAAUGAGUGCCCUUCCAUGGGAGACCUUUAUUCAAGCAAACCUCUUGGCUACAGGUGUUGUCAAUGGAGUGGCUGUUUUAACCAAGAGUGGGCAAUGUGCUUUUCUUCAUGGACGUUUAUACAAUCUAGAGAAGGUGAAUUGGAAGCAGUUCUUGGAAAUAUUUCAGUAUUCAUCAGAAAAACACAAUGAUCAAAUAUUUGAAAAUGGGUUCCGUCUUCAGUUCCCUGGACAAAGAGAAAUUCAGUACAAAGUUUACCAAAAAACUUACUGUAGUGCCUAUGCCACCUCUCAGGGGAACCAGGAAGGGCUGAUAGUGUGUAACCUGCCAUAUGGGAUCCUCAUUAGUACCUUCAGUUACCCCCAGGUGGCAGCAGUGGCGGUGAAGGUGGUGGAGAAUUUCUGUGACAAGUUGAGAGCGUGAAAUGAGACCAAGAGAAAGAUUUAGCAAUUAUAUACUGCUGAAAAUUGGAAGUGGUGUACACUAGGUGCUAUACAGAAUGGCUGGCAUCAUUUUUUGAAGACAUGUUACAGAUAUCCACAGCAGACUUGGACUUUGCAAAGGGUACUGUGGUAGAAUAUAAACACAUAUUAUUACCUCCCAAAACCAGGUCAAGAAUGAAAGACAUGACAAAUUCUGCCCCAAAGUGAGGAAUGCAGACAUCAGAGAAGAGUUGAUCAUGGUAACUGGGUUGACAAGACCAGUAUGAUAAAAGGGGUUCCUCCUAAGUAUAUGUGUAUGUGUUGCCAUGGUAAAAUAGAAACAUGAUUGUUUUUCCUUACUUAAUGAAUCUCAACUCAUAGAACACGCAACCAUAUUUAUGGAUUUACUAUGUAUCAGAGGCAAAAUGAGGGAUGGCUUAAAUGCCACCCUCCCCACUCAGCUUACACGGAAAUAUAUAUUCCGUUGUGAUUGGCUCACUCACACAGAUUAAAAAAAAUGGUAUGUACUUUUAAAUAAAAAGCAUGUGCAAGCAUAUUUCAUUUAAGCCCUCCCUCAUUUUUACACUCACAGAAAUACAAUCAAACAUCAGCUUAACAAGGUAGUCUUUAAUUUCGAAUUCUAUUUCAUAUUAAAAUAUAGGUCAGUCUUAAAUGGGACUUUGAAGUAAAACGUGACAAACAUCUACAAUCUGCUAAUCUCCAAUUUGAAUAAUAACAGAUAAAAUGGCACCUCUUGCUGUAUUCAAACUGUACCAUGCCAAACCGUCUGAACUGUCUUGUCAGAAAUUCAAUCACUUCUUCCAUGUGGUGAAUAUAAAUCAGUUUCCCUCUUAUUAUUUUUACUGCUCUAUUUAAUCCAGUGUUUAAUGAAUACAUUAUACUGUUUCCUUGCCUCUCUUCUCCAAUUCUCCAAGAAGGCAUGAGUAUGUUGGUUAAUCAGAGGCCAAGUCUAGUCUAAAUUUCUGGGUAAAUGCGAGGGGCGGUCAUGUUUGUGCCGUAAUGCUGUGUGCUUAUCCUUAGGCAUUUGUUCUUGACAGAUGUCGGUAAUUAACUGCAUGAAAGGCUCCAAUACAACUGGCCCUGCUCGGUCGACUCCAGUCAGCUCAGCACUAAUGAUGUCAUAGAAUUGAUUGUUGGCUUUGUUUUGCCCUGUGGGCUCAGUUUCCCCCCAUGGAAAUUAACAUUUGACAAAUACCUUGUGCAGUUUAAUUCUAACCAGUUUGUAGACAGUUUGAAAGCACAGUCACCGUUUUCAGAGUCCCAAACUGCUGAACAAUCCCCCCGAUAGUGUGCCUCUGUCACUAAAUUCUGCUCUGCUCCUACGUCUAGGUUCAGACGUAGGUACCUUGUACUUAGUGUGAGAAGGCAACUCCUUUGAGUGCCCAGCCUCCACCUCCAUUCUGACAUCUGACCCUUGAGAUUCUUAAUUCUCAGUAGUCAUGUCAGAUGUACCAGCUGACUCAUCAGUUUUUGUAAUUCUUUGAGGCGUCACUCCUGACAACAAUGCCUCCUCCUCAUCAGAAUCAAUCUCCAUUUCCUCGCCCAUAAUCACCCUUUGGUGAGUUAUGGUAGGAUCCUCUUUGAGCCUAAUGUCCUUUGACAUUUCCAGGCCUGCUGAUGCAGUACUAGGCCCUUGUUUAGCAGGUAAUGGAAUGUGAAUAACAUUUUCACAUAUCCACUUAUGCCGCUCAAAACCAAAUUCUCUCAGGUCUCGAGCCACCUGCCUUUUCCAGUUGUUAUUUUUCUUGCCUUUAGCUAAUUCCAACUGACCCUUGAGGAUAGCCUUUGCUUCCUCAAAGCAUGUCACGGGGGCACAUGGCUAAUCUUUCUGCUAACUUUUUAGCAGAGGCAAGUCGUCCCUGGCGGUUGUCCUCUUUAAAACAUUCCACCAGUCUUCUCCAAUCUUCUGUUCUCGGCAUCUGUACAAAAACAUAAGAGAUUAAGAAAAUAAUUCACUUAAGUUAAUUUAACUGUAAGCAAAUCAAUUCCUCUAAAUCAGUACUUUUACUAUAAUGCACAUGAUGGUAAAAUUACCUGCUUUUCUUCUUCUUUCCCAGGCGUCAUUAUUUUAUCAUAAACAAAAGCCCUUCCUAAUUCAUAGUACUGGCAAGUGAGGACUGUGAAGUGCUGGCUAGUGGUUCUUCUAAACAGGACAUGUCAUUUUGAGAGGCUUCUCCUGUCUCCAAUCCAUCUAGUAACUAAAUAAGAAAUAUAUCUGAUAUGAGUUUUCGAAAGCUACAAUGACAACUAUAUCAAAAUAAACAACUCCCCUUUUGCUGUUGUGAAUUAAAAUUGAUGAGCGGUCAGAAAUUGCACGGUUUUCAUUUUUCGUUACUCUUAUCUACGUAACUGAAAUAAAAUAUCAUGAGUUAAUACGGUGUUGGGAGGCAAAAUAUAAUGUAUAGCACCGGGGCUAUGUAUAAGCGGGUCUAAAUAAAGGAAAAGGGCUUACCUUAACUUGAUGGCUUGCUGAUUCCGUGAUUUCUUGAUUUUACUACUUCUCUCUCAAUUGGCACUGCAGAGCGCCUUAGGCGCCAUGCUCUAACUUGUCACACUCUAUAACACUGCGCAUGCGCCGUGACACGCUUCCGGGUCAUAUAAUGACCCCUCGGCACUACACUCUCCCCCGUUUUACCUUGAAGGACCGUGCCUUCUCGGCCGUAUCAGUGCCGAAUCACAAAAAAGCCCCACUUUCCACCGUGGGAAAGGGGAUUACCCUCCGGUCCCCG